AUGCAGCAACGGGCGGCCAUGGCGGCCAGGCACGAAAUCCAGCAGAGAGCGAGGACCAAGGAGGAGGAGGAGAAGAAGGUGCUCAAGGAGCUCGAAAGGGCAGGGAAGGAGGAGUGCGCGGCCGUCAACAAGAAUCCCACCUACGCCCCGGCCACGGCACUGGCCACCCAGCCCCCCACCCAACCCGGUGCCGACCGUCCGUCCACCCACGGCUCCGCCAACCCACCCGGAACCCCAGGACCCCGUGGGAGACCAGGACCCUCCCAUCCCGCACGCCAGGGUGUCGCACCAAGACCUAAGGAAGAAGAGGCGCCGGUCCAUGGCGGUGGGGCUCCGCCAACUCCGGACACGACGGCCGAGCUGGAGAAGGGGCCAUGGGUGUGGCCAUCACCCAAGGACACCCCACGGCCCGGACUCCAGCGGCAGUCAUCCGCUCCAGCGGUUGGUGUACCCGCAUCCCGGCCGUCCUGGGUGCGGAUGGCAUCUACGUCGGAGGUCCAGCGAUGGGCUCCGAUUCCGGAGGCGGAAUGGCCCGCGGGAGUCAUGGAGGAGCCGGUAAUCCGGGACGCCAAGCGCCGAGGUAGCCGCCGGUGCGUGGUCCUGCACCGCGGAAAUAAGAGGUUCCGAGUAAGGGUAGCGGCGACGGGGAUCCGUUUGUUCGGGCUGGUGAACGAGUGUCCGGGUAGCUGA